CCGAAAGAAGUCAGGUUCGUCUCCUAUUGAAAAUGUACCUUUCUGAAUGGCUGGAGACUGGAACUAGAAUAUAUUCUUAUACAAAUGUAUCUACAUUCUAAAUAAAAGAAAGGUAUUGUGCGAAAUCUAAAAAGAUUCUUUGUAUGAAUACACGAAAAGAAUCUCUUAGGGUUUAGUACGAAACUUACCCUAUCAAACUUAUCCAGAGACAUGUCUGAAGAAGCAGCAUCUCGAAAUUAAUCUUCUUUCGUCUCUCUUUAGGUUCUAUCGAUUUGACUUUCUUCAAUUGUAAUUCAAUAAAUAAAUCAAUUUUCUAUCAUUUUAUUGUUGAGAUUGUAUAAAGAAAAUUAUCUGUUAGAAUUUUUUCAAUUGUAUAUAGAAAUAAUAUAUUUUAUAUUACAGUUUCAAACAAGUGCAACAAGUUCAUCAUCACAACAAGUAUCAAGCAACAUUAAACUUCAACAAAAGGAAACACAAAAUAGUAAUUGGCAAGAAAAAUAUUUUCUUCAUGGAGAAUCAUCAAAUAUAGUCACAGAUGUUGAGAAUCAAAUUCAUGGUUGUGUUAAUUCAUCUGUUUCAGAAGAUAUUGAUAUAUAUAUCCAAUCUUCAUGA